AUGAAUAAAGGAUAUAUUAAAAUUGCUUUGAUACUUUUAAGCCUCGCAGGAUAUAUGCAAAAUGUAGCAUUUGCAGCCGAAUAUGCUCCAGAUGUUUCUAGUGAGGCCAACCCCGACCGCCAAAAAACAAUAUUUGAGAAAUACAGAGACUUUGUAUGUUAUGACAUUUAUGAAAUUUUAGCAGCAAUAGAUCAUGCAAACGAUACUUCAGAACUUUUACUAAAACUUUCUGAGACUAGUGCAGACAAUUAUUCGACCUUUUAUAAAGAAAAUGAAAGCAAAAUUAUAUAUUUUAAGAGAAUUGGAAAUAUGGACAUUUCAAGAGUUCAUCUUACGAUCCCAUACGCCUCUAACGUAUCAAAUACCAAACAAUAUUUAAGAUAUAAAAAUAACUUCAAAUUAAAUAAUCAUUAUUAUAUAUAUCCAUAUUUUUAUUUUUCAUUAGUACUCUGUCGAAAUAUUGUUCGUGUAUACUCCAAAUACUUAAUCAUGUUUGACAAACUUAACAUAGAUUCUAAUUAUUCAAACAUCAUAAAAAAAUAUGUUUUAGCCGCAAAAGUUAAACCAUCUAAUGACACAACUGUAAUUCUUUGUCCUUCAAGAGCUCUAAAUUAUCUCGGUGAUAUCUAUAAUGAACCUAAUAUGAAAGAAAUAUUAAAAAAUACACAAUCAAUCGAAACUGGCAUUGAUCCUGAGGAAGCAUUAACCAAAUUGGGUACUAACAUAGCCGGAUUUGUAGUUAAAAAACGCAACGAUAAUGUUCAAGUUACUUAUAUCAACGUUAUUUAUGAUGGUGGGAAUUCUAUCGAGUAUGCCUGCGAUAAAAGAGAGAGAAAUUAUGCAUGCUCGAGUAUCCUAAGCUUAGAACAACGUAUCUGA